AGAACUCUUUCUGUUCAUGGUUGCUUUUGGAGUAGAAACGCUCGUCCUUCGGUCCUUGGACAUGGACACUACCCCUGAUCUUCAAGUCGCUCCAGAUUUCAAAUUUUCUUUUCUGAUUAACAGGCUCCAUGCACAGAAAGAAAAUUUCAUUUUUGUCUAGAUGCGUUCUCUGUUUCUUCUCUGGCUCAUUUCAGUAAGUUGCAAGGUCUUUGAGUGCAGGUUUUGUAAGGGCAACAGCGCAAACACACAAAAAAAAGGUUGUAAUUUUAGCAUGGGAGAUGAGAUCAUCCUAUCAUGUAGCAAAACAAUUCUUCUAUAUUUUUCUUCAGUGACAUGGAACAUUGUUGCAUUGCCAUUGCGAGGUCGUUUUCGCAGGUUCCUUAAGCAUAGUCAGGCGGCUAGUCCGACGUGUAUUUGAUAGAGAAAACAAUAAAUUUCCACGUCAGUCCGUGAUCCCUUGUUGAAAUCACGUAUGCCUGAUUUGACAUUUUUCUUUGAAAUUUUCCUCUGAUUGCAUGCGUUGCUGAUGAAUAUUCGCUUUGUACGUUUUGUUAUCGAAAACGACUUCCCACCUAAGAGUAUUAGAAGCCAUUUUAUAUGAAAGGGAACAGAUUUAGUUUCCUCUAAACUUUGGUUCUUCAGAUGCAAAAUUUCAUAUAUCCGUGCUAAUUAUUGGCAGAAAAAAUGUUCAAUGAGUAUCAACGUUCAGCCACGGACGUUGUGUCGGCGGCGACAGCGCCACUCAAGUUCGGCAUCAACUACGGCCAGAUAGCGAACAACCUCCCGCACCCGACGCAGGUGUCCGGCCUCCUCCAGUCGUUCAACGUCAACCGGGUCAAGCUCUACGACGCCGACCCCGCCGUGCUCACGGCCUUCGCCGGCACCGGCGUCGAGUUCAUCGUCGGCAACGAGGACCUCCACAACCUGACCGACGCCCGCAAGGCCCGCGCCUGGGUGGCACAGCACGUGCAGCCGUUCCUUCCCGCCACGCGCGUUACCUGCAUCACCGUGGGCAACGAGGUGCUCUCUGGCAAGGACACGGUCGCCAUGCAGAACCUCCUCCCGGCCAUGCAGGCCGUCUACCAGGCGCUGGUCGACCUCGGGCUCGGCGGCCAGGUGAACGUCUCGACGGCGCACUCCGUCAACAUCCUCGCCAGCAGCUACCCGCCAUCGGCAGGCGCCUUCCGGGAGGACCUUGGGCAGUACAUCAAGCCGCUGCUCAACUUCCACGCCGAGGUCGGCUCGCCGUUCCUGAUCAACGCGUACCCGUUCUUCGCCUACAAGGCGAGCCCCGGGAGCGUGUCGCUUCCGUACGUGCUGUUCGAGCCCAACCCCGGCGUGCGCGACCCAAACACCAACCUCACCUACGACAACAUGCUCUACGCCCAGAUCGAUGCGGUGUACGCGGCCAUGAAGGCCGUGGGGCACACGGACGUCAGCGUGAGGAUCUCCGAGACCGGGUGGCCGUCCAAGGGGGACGACGACGAGGUGGGCGCGACCGUGGCCAACGCCGCGGCGUACAACGGGAACCUGAUGAAGAGGAUCGCGACGGGCCAGGGCACGCCGCUCAAGCCGGACGUGCCCGUCGACGUGUUCGUGUUCGCGCUGUUCAACGAGGACAUGAAGCCCGGGCCGACGUCGGAGAGGAACUACGGGCUGUUUUACCCCAACGGCACGCCGGUGUACAACCUCGGGUUCAACGGAGCAUCCUUCAGCCCGUCGCCGACGUUCUCCUCUUCUUCCAAGCCGAAGAUUACAUUUCCGGUGGCGGUUGUUGUCCUACUCGCCGCCUUUUUCUUCUGAACAUCCUACGCAAGUAUAUUUUUUUUUCCAAGUACUGCACAAGGGGGAUUGUGAUAUUUUCUGACUAACCAUUUGUGCUUACAUCGCACAUCAGACUAGCAGGGCCGAAACAUUAUUCUGACUUUGAGGUUAUCAAGAACUUUUUCUACCCUCCAUCAGUUGAUUGGAUUGUAGAUUGUAAUUCUACAUAGAAGAGAAAGGCUGAUGCAUCACUAGCAUGUCCAUGCACCUGUUCUUGCCGAGCAGUUAAAAUUUUGGAAACAUGAGCUAAAUUGGAAUAUAGCAAUAGAAGUGGCCCACGAGUGGUCCUAUAGCAUCAGCGAGCAUGUAACUAGGCUCAUGGAUUUGUUGUUUGGUUUUGUUCUUUCGCUGUAUUAUUUACCUUAUUGUAUUAGUACAAGUGUAUCGGAUUGUUCUUGGUAUAAUUGUGGGCAGUUAUUUUUUAGAUGAA